CUACGGGCGUUUCUUCAUGCUUGAUUAUCCUUGCUAUUCUUAUGGCCCCACUCUGUCAGAGUUGCAACAAAUAAAACGUGAAGAAAUAGAGAGGCGCAAGAAGCUGAGGAUUUUACAAGUUCGAACACAAGCCAAAGAAAAUGCUGCAAAAGUUAGAAAAAUGUACGAUGCGAAGAAGCAACAACUAUCUGACAUUGUUGCAAAAGAGCUUCAGGUUAAGCAUAUGAGGGAUGAUUUGAGAUUGUUGGAGGAAAAGAAGACUGAAUAUUACAACGUUUUAAGGCAGUCCGGUUCGGGUCACAGAGCUGCAGAAAAAUGGCAAGAUCCUACACCAGAAAUAGAACAAAACUUACGUGUGGCACAAACACGAGCUGAAGAUCGAUUCAAUCUGGCUAUAGACAAACUUCAUGAAGAAAAACGAAUUGAAGAGCUGACAAAGCAUGAGACUGAAGAAAGAAUGAAAGAAGUCAGAAAUGUUGAGAAUAUGCGUGCUGCUUUGAUCGCCUCUCUGCCUCCGCCUAAGAAUACCUUACUUGAGAAGGAUCUUGGAUCUACAGUUGAAAAGGAACCUCUUGUCCUUGUAUACGAUACAGAAGCUAAAAAUACAAUGCACUCACAGAAUCUACCAUCAAAAGUGAUUAUAAAUAACGAUAGGAAUAAUGAAAAUGAAAGAGUUGACGAUAAUGCAACUAUUUCUGCACACAAAGAAGAAGAACGUAUACAAGCAGUUGAACGUGUUAAUGCCAUCCAGGCCAAUGAAGAUCUAAUCAAAGCUGAUAUGCGUGGACGUCAAGCAAUGAGAAAAGAACGGAUUCGUCAACAUUAUCAAGCUUUAUUACAUCGUCUAGAUGAAGUUGGACGUAAUGAAAUAUUACUACGUCGUAGUCAGUUAUACUCUGGUACAGCUGGUGGGAAUUCUUUACCUGGUGGUCCAAAAGAUGCGGCUGUGCUUAAUCGUCGGUUAGAAAAAGUUUUUGAGGAUGAAAUACUUUAUCAAUUGGCAAAUUCAAAUCAUAACGAUGCCUAUCUCACGGACAAUAUAAAUGAAAAGGUUUCAGUUGAUCAUGCGAUGAUGAAAAUGAUGAAUACAGACGAGCCGGUGACAUCGGUUAUCGACGAGGAAUGUAUACCGCCACCACCACAACCACCUAUGGAGGAUUUUGUUGAUGAAGAUAUCCAACUUCCAAAUGAAAAAGACGUAGAAUUAAGUAAAGAUGAAUUAGAAAUGAUCGAUAGACGCAUAAAUCGUCUUCGAUUCAGUUCUGUAUGGGAUAGUAGUGAUCAAAGCGAUCAUCAACAAAUGGAUUCAUUGAAGUCUACUGACGAAAGCAAAACUGGGACGAAUAAAUCGAAACGGAAUAUUAUCACUACUCCAAGAAAUAUUUAUCCAAUUGAAGGUUGUUUAAAUCAUGAAAAGACAUUGGAUAGUGUACAGAGUACUUCAGAUGCCUCAUCAAAUUCAGAGAGUAAAUUGUCCACUGUACGACGUCGACGACAAGAACAACAACGACAACCGGCUUUACCUCCAUCCUCUGCAUUACCAAAAUCUGCAAAUAUAAUGAAAAUUAAUGCAUCAUCUGAUCAAGAAGCGUUAGAUAUAAACAAUGGAAAGGCGGUUUCAUCAACUCUAGUGAAAUAUCAUAUUUCACAGCCUAUCACCGGUGUUCUAGCUGAACGUGCUCGUUGUCUUGUGAAUGCACAAAAAGCUGAAAUAUUAAAGCGUAAGGCUAUUAGCACAUCAUUAUCAGAACAAUCAUCUUUAUAUUCAUAUGAUCAAGUUGGUGAUGACAAGAAAGACUCAAAGUAUUCUUCGUCAGUUUCACCAGCACCGUUGUCAUCAUCAUCAGCAUCAUCAUCUUCUAUGAAGGGUUCAAAACAGGCAGUCGGUGUUGCUUCAAUGACUACCUCAUUGGAAUCUUUAUCUGACGGACAACAAAUCCAUGGUGAUGAAUGUUUAUUGAAGCCUUCUUUACAAAAAAAUAAAAGUGCUUAUGAAUCGUCUACGGUGACACAAUCAACUCCAAUUGUUACUUUAUCAAAUAAAUAUGAAAAACUUCAUAGCAGUGAAAGUGAUCAAGACGAGUUAUAUCAUUCUAAUAAUAAUGAGAUGAUUAUUGCCGAUGAUGUUGUUACUCAUUUAGAAGAUAAAACAUUAAAUCCUCUCAUCAGCCUUGAAGCUUCCCCUUGUAUGGAUGAUUUGAACUCAGUUGAUGACAUCGGUUUCUCCAAGAAAUCAUAUGAACCAAGUAAUAAUCUUCACAUAUCCAAUGAAGCAAACGAAGAUCCAUCGAAAUCACCCAGACAAUUAAAUCUUCCUACUCCUCCGCCGUCGCCGUCGCCGCCGCCGUGCACUUCAUCAUCAUCGUCAGUUCAAUUGGAGAGUUUCGUGAAUACUACACCAACGAAUAUUUUAUCCCAACCACGAAUAACUUCACCGGUAUCAUCAUCAUCCCGCUUGUCGUCGACAUCACCAUCACCGGCAUCAAUUACUUCACCAUCAUCUAUUGAAUCGACAAAACCUGCCAGUGUGUCAUAUUCAUCAGAGAAUAAACCUCAGUCUUCUUCUGAAUCGUGUAUAUCUGACACGUUAAAGGCUGAAUUGAAAGCUUUGCUAACCUCUUCUUUGAUCAAUUCACUGAUUAGUAGUCAAACAUCUGGUUUAAGUGAGACAAGUGAUCUCUACAAGUUGAUCAGUUCACAAAGUUUUUUAUUAUCAUCAGUGCUGUCCAGUAAAGGACAGAAUGCAACUAAACAGACAACACUUAAUCAUAUCUCCAGUUUAACUAAAUCUUCAUCUAUUGACAAUGAAACAAUUCAACCUGUUGUAACAAGUGCAUCUUCAAUUUCAUCCCCGCAUCUAUCACAAUCAUCGUCAAGUCAGUAUCCUGUUAAAGGUGAACAAUUGACCGAAUCAUCAGAUAUCGAAAAGAAUACUAAUGCCUCAGAUUUCCAAUCAAUAGUCCGACCUUCAUGUGAUGGUAAUGCUGAGAAUUUAUUAACCAAUCAAAAUUCAUCAAACGAUUCACCACUAAAUGUUGAUUUAAUUAAAUCGAUAAAAAAACGUGUUCUUAAUAAAUAUAUUAGUGCUAAUAAAGAUCGACUUCUUCACUUGUCUAACUUAAAUCGAAGUAAACCGAUCAGUUCACCGUCCUUACAAUCAUCAUCACCAGCAACAACAUCGACGAGAACAGGAUCAAAUAGAGAAUUUCACAGUCUCUCUGAAGUAACCAACACUGAUGAAAUAAAUUGGUCAGAAGCGCAAUGCGAAUCACGCAUAAAACAAACUUCUGAUUUGAAUAAAUCCUCAAAAUUAUCUAGAAAUGCUCAACAAUAUAAUGAAAAUGGAAAUUCAUUAGCACAAAGUUCUAAUACACCAUCAUCAAACAAUCAUUCAAUAGGAGGUGUACGCUUUAAACCCUUACCACGAUUGGAUGAAGCUAAUUCUGAGGAGUCAGUGCAUACAAUUCAAGUAACAUCUGAUUUUAUUAAUCUCUCCAAUACUCCUUCAUCAUGGACAGAUAGUAGAAAGUCAUCAGAUUUCGGAUAUUUAUCUAGUACGACGUAUUCACCGCCUGAGAAUGUAUUAGAGAAUAAAUUAGACAGCCGACAGGAUCAUAGUGUUCCAACCGCCGAGAAACCUUCACAGUUACAACAGCAAUCAGCAUCACCACCAUCAUCUAAAGAAGAGAUUCAUGCCGAUGGUGGUGCAGACGGCGAUGAUGAUGGCGAUAAUGAUACAGUCCGUCAGUUACGCGCUAAUAUUCCCUAUACACCAGUCGAACCAAGUGAAGCUGAAAUUGCGCCUUGUUUAGGCUCUAGAUUAUCAAUGGUAUCUUUAGACAAAUUAGAGAACUUAAUAUCUGCACCUGCUGAAGGAAAAAAUACAUUCAAAAGAACUAUGGAAUAUUCAACAACAACAACAACAACAGUCAUGGAUUCAAGUAGUAUUUGGGAGAAGUCAAGCAAUGGAAUUCAAGAGACUGUAAGAACUCUUGGAAGUAGAAUUGUCAAUUCCACUGAUGGACACGAUGAAAUAUCUGUUGAUAAUAGGAAUACUGCAGUUACAAUGAAUGAUGAAAAAGAAAUUGAUACUUCACAUUAUAAUCCUCGACCAUCAAGUCCUGCUGAAGGUGCAGUCAGUGAAUUUUCCCAUCAAUAUCAUCAUCAGCAGUACCAUCAAUAUUACCAAAAUGCUUCAUCAAUUUCUUCUUUCUCUUCCUCAUUACCAUGUGUCUUUGUUAAAGAUUUCCAAUCGUCUGAUGAAGUGUAUGAAAUGAAGAAUGACAGCAUUGCAACACCACAUUAUGCUUCAGAUAGUAAUCUAAAAUUGUGUAGCCAAUCGGAGGUUGUUGUUAAAGAUAUUUCACUGACAGCUUCAUUACUAUCUUUUCAACAGAAUGAAACACGCUGUAAUGAAAUGAACACUUCACAAUCUUCUGAAAUCGUUAAAAAUAUGAAGGAUCAGUUUUUAGAUGCUUCACCUGAAAGUAUAAGUGCUAAAGAUGUUCUUUUGAAUGCUGAUAUGUUGGUGAAUAUUUCAGCAAAGAUAAAGUCAUCUAAUGCACAAAAUAAACAUUCAUUGAAUAAACCAACUUUAAAGGAUUCUUCAAGUAAACUAGCUAAUCAUGUUCGUAUGGUUAAAUCGUCUACCGGGGGAAAAUCACAAACCUCUUCUUCUUCUACAACACAUGCUCUACCGAGACAGAAGCCUGCAAGUCGUGGAUUCCUUCAGAGUACUGCUUCAGUUGUACAAACAUCAAUGAAAAAUAAAUUUCAAAGUACAGGCAUUCCACAUGUUCAGCAAAAAAUGCCGAGACCUUCUUCAUCAAUUCCAAUAACUUCUAAAUCGCAUACACAGUCAUCUAGUACUAUCAGGUCAUCUAUCAAACGUCAGCCUUUGGUAUCUGUUGAUGCCCCACCUGUGCGCCGAAUUGGAACUUCUGUUUCCUCUACCUCAUCAUCUGGAUGUCGAAAAUUAAAUCCUAUAGAUCAAGCAAAAACAUUACGCAUGGAACUUGCACAAUGGCAAAGGAAGCGUUUAGGACAACGUAAUGAGGCUGUUAGUGAGAAUACCAUAACAUCACCACCGCUAAUACCACCACCACCAACAACAACUACAACAGCAAUAAGUGCUUCUGAUUCACCACCACAGACAUUCCAAGCCUCUUCCUCUUGUGUUGGUGAUAAUGUUGUCGACAGGAAUACAACUGGGGAACAUAUAACACAGACUGAAGCGUGCACACAAAAGGUAUUGAAAAUUGAGGAUGUAAAACCGCUUUCUUCAAGUAGUUGCGGUAUAUUUUUCGUUCGCAGAAAACAGAAGGGUAUUCUUAUGCAGUCGAAUCAGCCACGCCCAACACCAUCAAGUAGUCAAGCAAAUGUACCCCGUAAAAGGAAUACGCACAUUCAAAGUUUGAAGUCUAGACUUCGAACGAAUAUUAAUUCAAUUUUGUCUAAUUAUGAAAUGAUUCUGUCUCGAUCUAAGAUUGAUCCAAAUGAAUUAGCUAAAGGAUUGAAUCCGUAUACUCAAUGUGCUCAAGAUACAUUUGAGUUUAGCGUGAGAGCUGCUAAUAUUGUUCAUGCAUGUGAAAAUAUUGCUCGUCUAGUAUCAGAAAUUAAACAAUAUUUAAUAUUAGGUGAUUUUUGUUGGUUAGCUGAGGUCACGGAAUUCAAUCGUGAAAAACUACGUCGUCGAACACUGGAUAUCGAUCGUGCGACAAUACGUUUACGUGAUAAAUUGAUAACAGAAUUGCACAGUUUAGACGAGGAGACAAGUCCAGAUUAUCCUAUCCCAGCAUCAUCAUCGUCAUUAUCAUCAGUGACUUCAUCGUCAAUGGAUACAACAUAAAUAUAUUUGUGAAGUGUAUAUCAAAGAGGAUUUGUAAAACGACUCAGGUCACACACCCUAUGACACUUUUGAUCAUUUCAUUUUUUUAUUUGUACAGAUUUAUGUAAAUAAAUAUAUGAAUGUUAAUUUGAUAAAUAAUUAUAUUU